AUGGAUCGCGGAUCAGUUUACUCGGCUCACGUCUACGAACCGAGUUUCGGUGAGAAUGGAGAUACACGGCUGCAGCUUCAAACACAGCUCGAAACCUUCAUCCUUGACUUUCGCCUCGACAACAAUUUCGUAUACAGAGAUCAACUUCGAGAGAAUGCGCUGCUCAAGAGGUACUUCUGCGACGUCAACAUCAACGACUUGAUCAGCUUCAAUGAGGAGCUGGCACACCGACUGGCUUCUGAACCUGCCGAGAUCAUCCCUCUAUUCGAGAAUGCUCUAAAGAAAUGCACGCAUCGCAUUGUCUUCCCCCACGAACCCAAGAUUGAGAUCCCCGAACAUCAACUUCUCCUUCACUCAAACGCCGACGAUGUCUCGAUCCGCCAUCUCGACUCCGAGACCAUCUCACGGCUGGUACGUGUCCCGGGUAUUGUUAUUGGUGCCUCUGUUAUGUCAUCAAAGGCAACAGAGCUUCAUAUACAAUGCCGCAACUGCGGGCACACACAGAACAUUCCUGUCUUGGGAGGUUUCACGGGUGUCACUCUUCCCCGACAAUGCUCCCGAAGUCGAGUCCCCAAUGACCCUACACCAAAGUGUCCCAUGGACCCCUACUUCGUUGCCCAUGAGAAAUCUCGUUUUGUCGACCAACAAAUUAUCAAGCUUCAAGAAGCGCCCGAUCAAGUUCCCGUCGGAGAACUGCCCAGGCACGUCCUCAUCUCAGCCGAUAGAUACUUGACAAACAGAGUUGUUCCAGGUUCAAGAUGUACUGUCAUGGGCAUCUUCUCAAUUUACCAAAACAAAGCCUCCAAGAACUCCUCCACUGGCGGCGCUGUGGCUAUCCGUACCCCUUAUUUGAGAGCGGUUGGAAUCCAGUCAGAUAUAGACCAAGCAGCCAAGGGUAAUGCAACUUUCUCAGAAGAAGAAGAGCAAGAGUUCUUGGAAUUGAGCAGACGGCCAGACAUUUAUGAUGUUAUGACUGACUGUAUCGCCCCCUCUAUUUAUGGAAACCGUGAUAUCAAGAGGUCAAUCCUUUGCUUGUUAUUAGGCGGUUCAAAGAAGAUCCUUCCCGAUGGAAUGAGACUGAGAGGAGACAUCAAUGUGUUACUUCUUGGUGACCCUGGUACAGCCAAGUCCCAGCUUCUUAAGUUUGUCGAAAAGGCAGCUCCGAUCUCCAUCUACACAUCCGGAAAGGGUUCAUCAGCUGCAGGUCUGACAGCGUCUGUCCAACGUGAUCAGUCCACGCGCGAGUUCUACCUCGAAGGUGGUGCGAUGGUCUUGGCUGACGGUGGAGUGGUGUGUAUCGAUGAGUUUGACAAGAUGAGAGACGAGGACCGAGUGGCGAUCCACGAAGCUAUGGAACAACAAACUAUUUCCAUCGCCAAAGCUGGUAUCACCACCAUUCUCAAUGCACGAACCUCGGUUCUGGCCGCCGCCAACCCCAUUUUCGGCCGAUACGAUGAUAUGAAGACUCCUGGAGAGAACAUCGAUUUCCAGACUACCAUUCUUUCGCGUUUCGAUAUGAUUUACAUUGUCAAGGAUGAACACAGCCGUGAAAAGGACGAGACGAUGGCCAAGCACGUUCUUGGUAUCCAGAUGAACGGCCGAGGCGCCGAGGACAUGACCGAGUCUGAAAUCCCCAUUGACAAGAUGCGAAGAUAUAUCACCUACUGCAAGACUCGAUGUGCCCCUCGACUUAGUCCUGAAGCUGCUGAGAAGCUCUCUUCUCACUUCGUUUCCAUCCGUCGCCAGGUCCACGCUGCUGAGAUUGAGGCCAACAGUCGUUCUUCUAUCCCUAUUACCGUCCGUCAGCUUGAAGCUAUCGUUCGUAUCACUGAGUCUCUCGCCAAGCUUACCCUCUCCCCUAUUGCUACCGAAGUCCAUGUGGACGAGGCCAUUCGUUUGUUCUUGUGCUCUACCAUGGAUGCUGUAAACCAAGGCAGCAACCAGGGUAGUCGCGAGUUGAACGAUGAAGUCAACCGCCUCGAGGCAGAACUCAAGCGACGUCUUCCCAUCGGAUGGAGCACUAGUCUGUCCACACUCAAAAAGGAGAUGGUCGAGGGUAAGGGAUACAGCGAGCAGGCACUCAACCGAGCCCUUAUGGUCCUGCAACGGAGAGACACAAUCAUGUUCAGAAACCAGGGAGCUCAAGUCUACAGGAACGGAGCUUAA